AUGGCAGUGAGUAGCAGGCAACAGAAGAAGGAGAGAGGAAGAGAUUGGAGUUGGGCUUCAGGCCUCCACACAGCUGCCAGAGUUCCAGUGGUUUGGGUACAUCACCAGGAAAAUCUGAUGUUGGUUUGCAAUAAGGUCCAAAAACACAAGCUAUGGGUUAAUGCUAAUUGCCCCCAUUACCUUCUUUUUAUGCUCCAUUUAAGAGAGGAAAAGAGACAGGACGCAGAUAUUGGAGGCCCAUUUGUAGAAAUUUUCAGUGCUCAAGGAAAAAAUCCUGGGACAAAAUGGAAGAUGUUUGGCAAUCCUUCUGUAAUUUGGAAAGAAUUCGAUAAAGAUGCUAAAAGCUUUGUCUUUGCCCUUGAAGGCAGCAGCCAAACCAUCAAAAUGCAGUUACCAAAGGAGAGUAAGCAAGUCCUUGGACUGAUCCAGCGAUUUCUAGUACUCCAGAUUUAUGUACCCCUGGGAAAAGACUUCUCUACUGAAUUGCUGAUAACUGACUUAGGAAACAUUAAAAGAAGAUUGUUUUUGUCAACAGUCUUCAAGGAGUUGUCAGCAACCCCUCUCCAUGCAAAGAUUCCUCUUUUCAUAAUAAAACGCCAAAUUUGGUGUAAUCUGUGCAUUGAUAUGGUAGCAUUCACCAGUGAAAUAUUUAAGGGAGCCAUUUUCCAGUCCUUGGAUGGCAUUAUCGUUUCAGCAAAUUGUAAGCUACGAAAGAUCUUCACUUUGAAAUCAAUUCCUCAAGACAUGAAUGAUAAAUUUGCAGAUGAAUCUUCAGAUAUUAUUCCUCGAAGCUGCCAAUUUACUAAAGAUGUGCCUCAAAUUACACAGCUGCUAAAUAUGACUAAACUCCCUAUCCACCCAAAUGAAAUAUACCUUGGACCUCAUCCUUUAACCUCAGGAGAAGUGAGAUUGCUGCCAGAUCAGUUGAUUAACAGAGGACCGAGCAGUUCAUGGAGCAGUAAAAAUCAAAAUGUAUCUCACAUUGCAUUUGGAUCCAAGGUCAGUGGACGACCUCGUCCUUUUGGCAGAGGGCACAGUAUGAGGACAUCUGGAGAGGCAAAGCCCACUGGUAUCCGAAGUAAUAAAUCAUCCCAAGUCCCCUCUACAGGUAAAGGUACUGACAGAUCUGAAAUAUCAGCUUCACAAUUACAUGAGACAGCAGAUCAAGGAGGCAAUGAAUAUAUUUAUCAAAAAAGGCAAACCUCAUCCAAUUAUGCAGUUCUACAUAUUGGGCAUCCACAUCCUCCUAAAGAACCAUCAGCAGAGCAGAAUUAUGACAGAAGAUUAUAUUUUAAAAGUGCUGGAAAAGAAAAGAUGGAAACACCUAAUGGUAGUUCCUCAGGAAUUAACAAAAAUGAAAAUAAAGCAAUAAUUAAACCAAACAUUGCUUCCUGUGAAAGAAUGAUCGAGAGAGAGACAGUGAAAACCUUCAGUAUGCAAGCAAAGUCACCUAAUCGAACAGUUUUUUUAAAAUUUUCCAAAAAAAUUUCAUCUGGCAGUCAAUAUCAAAAGAUCAUCUGCAUGGCUAUGCUAUCACUAUUCUUAUUACAACGGAAAUACUUCAAAGUUGUAGUGAUGAGCAUGUCAGCAUUUCUUCAUGAGCAGAGAGAUGUUGCUGGGAGCAUUGCUUCAAUGCUGAAAACAUUGUUUUCCAGAGCCUCAUUGUUGGUAAUUGUGUCUGGCCAUUUGAUGUUGAAAUGGAUAUUUCCUGAAAACUGUAAAGAAUAUUCUCACUUGGAUUCCAGGAAACAAUCCAUAGCUCAUGGUGACAACUACUGCAAUAAUUUAUGCCAACUGCCCGAAGUUAACAAAGAAAAUGAAAAUAACAAUCAAGUGAAGGAAAUGCAAACUAAUGCAGAGGUCUUCACAUUUUCCUCAAUGCCUCGAUUGGCACCUUAUGGAAAGUCUAAGAAAAUUUUCUCAGAAUUGCGUCCAUUACCUUUGGCUCUAAAAGAGGAUAAUAAGAGGGAGAAGAGAGGAGCCCAAAUGGAAGAUGAUUUCUGUGGCAGUGACAGCAAUGAAGAGGAAUAUAACUGGAGAAAGUACCAAUUGAGCCAAAUGAGCAUAACUGAGUUGAAUAUGUUGGCCAGCAUGAGAAGACAACAGAAAGAAGAACUUGAGGAUUCUGUAAUCUCACAUCUGCUGAAUGCAUCUCAGUUUGAAAAGUAUAACAUCAGCAUGAGUUCCAGCAGUGAUGAUACCACUUAUCUUUCACCACCUACCAGUCAGGGACGUUAUUAUCAGAAAGAAAUGAACCCUCCUCAUUCCAACCCAAGGGACUGGUUAAAUAUGUUCAGCCCACCUUUCAUUCCUUCUUGCGAACAGCCAAUGGAAUGCAAGCAUUCAUCAGGAAAUUUGAAUAUCCAAGGUGAAGACAGCAUCAUUGUAGAAGAAGCUGAAGAAAUUUUGACUCUCUUGUAUGAUCCAUGUCUGAACUGUUAUUUUGAUCCCCAAACAGGAAAAUACUAUGAAUUGGCUUAGUUCAUUCGUUCAGUAAAGAGAAGUCAGAUGGAACAGUACAGCAUUUUAGAAUUGUGUAAAACCCUAUUUAGAGUGUUCAUUUGUGUUUAGUAUUAUUGUAAUUGGAUUGAAAGUGUGGUAGACAUUUGUAAAUAGUGUAAAAUGUUUGGAAAUAGCCACAUUGUUUAGACAGCUUAAGACUCAUUCAAAACAGAGUAGGAAUUGAUAUGUCUAACUUUUAGGGCUUUUGAUGUUGCAGG